CACGGCGGGUGAAAAAGCUUACUGGCAUCUGAUGUGCCUUUCGACGAAGCAGUCAGUGACCCUGAAUGCCGGCCGGCUUCUGUGUGGUCGCAUGUUUGUGUUGAGCAGAACGCUCGCUUCUCUCGCUCGUGAAAAGCUGUUAAACGCAUCGUUCUGUAUCUGAUCCUGCUUGAAAGACUGCCGCUGACCUCGUCGUUUACUCGCACGGUGCCUCACCCGAAAAAAACUGUUUUUAGUGAGUUGCGUGGUGAAGACUACACACGAAAACGCGCGCGAGGUCUGUCAGAAAGCGUUUGUGAAGUCUUGAGAGGCACAGGGUGCAACCUAACUGUCUCUGUCCUCAGCACGAACGCUCUGCCACUGGCGACUUUAUGAGUCGAUCUAGGUUGCACGCAUUACACCACUCCUGCCUGAACAAAGCCUGACAAAAAUCCCGAAAAGAGACCCGAAACAGAGAUGGCGCAGUCCGCGCACUUUCGCGGGCCGUUUGAUCCUCUAGGGGCCGAUAGCGUGAUCGCUUUGUGUAAGCUUCUGAAUCCAGAAGACGAAGAAGAUGUGCAUGUCACUGACAGAACAGUGCAGCGUGCCCAUAUGGGCCCCGGAGAUCUGCACGAGCGAAACAAACCGCGAGCGAAGCCAAACGUGAAAGUGGAAGCGAAGCUGAAAAGGUCGCGUGGAGCAAGCGGAAACAAGGAAUCAAGUACCUUGAGUAGUAACACAGAGGCAGGUUCGGGCAGUGACCCUCGUGUCAUGCCGGACUACGAGAUACUCCACCAGCAGACUGUCGGGUCUGAGGACGUUUUUCUCGGCAUGAGCGGCAAAGAUCCAUCCUCGGAUCACUGCGACAAACUGGUAGCCAAGGUACGACGGUAUUUCUGUGAACGCUCAAACAUCACUAGCGUUUAUCAAGAAACAAGAAGCAGCCCACUUGGCUCCUGGUGCGAUGUGCAUCGCUGUCGAUCCCAGGUGAAGCUUCCGCACACAGAGCUGAAGGCAAUUACGUUGAAGGUGAGUCAAGGCGACUUCUGAAAGUGGGAGACAUAGCGCGAGCUGAACCAUGUAAUUGCGAAAGUCGUUUCUGCACACAUUUCCCGUGUUUCCAGUUGACGCCUUCGGGGCGCUCUGUCCUUCAAUGCUCCCGUCGGUGACUGACAAUGUAGCGCUUUGUUUCUAGAAUCUCUUCCCCUCUUCUAAAGAACGUCUCUUCAGUCCUUCAUCUUUUAUGCAGGUCGAAGAUGAUAGGCUGUUGGUGGAAACACCGACGCAUCGGCUUGACCUGCCCAUGUCGUACCCAGGUAUGGAAGUCUUGUACGCAGGUCCUAGCUGCCGAAACAUUCUGCUGUCGAGUUCAAAAAAUUAACACGGGAGGUGGAAAAACGUUGAAUCUGUCGCCGCAAAAUACAGGCGCCCUGGUGUUCCUUUUACAGUUCAUGCAGAUCAGAGCAAGGCCCAAUGGAGUGCAGAACUGAAACUCCUUUCCAUUACCGUGAGUCCUACGGGAAUCGAUACCUCCAAGGUUGCAGACAGGAAUGCCAGCAGAAACGCAGAGGAAAGACGGACACUUGCAUAGAAGACAUUUCACUAAGGAGUUGAGUGUAAGGCCGGUGAUCCACUGAGAAAUGAAGACUUCAUGUGGAUCUCUUCCCCACCUGAACAGCAGUCGACACACUUCCCUCGUCUCACAGGAAACCACCACAAGCGCGGGAUGGUGAACUUCCUCUCCACGUCAUUUCUCCUUUGAAACGUGCGGCUGGCCUUGUAACUGACCGUUUCCAGCGAUCAGCUGUGGACAAAUCGUCAGCGUUCUUUGUUUCUCUCAUGCAGAUGCCCAUCAAACGAGACAUUCAGUAUGUACAAAUGUGAACCACCGCCGUCAUGAUCUCGCGUACGGCUAAUAAAAAAGCGCAGAUCCACCCCCUUCCCCACCGAAUCGUCGGGUUAAAUCAACUGUUAUCGGACUAUCCAGACGUUAAGGCGGAGGCUGUUGAACGUCUGCUCUCUUGAACAUCUAAAAUACACGAACUGAUCCGGAAAACAAGGCUUUUUAGGACUGCCGACGUCAAGUGAGAGGAUUACACGACACCCCCAACAGCUAGCUGUUCA